AUGGAAACAGCAGUGAUUGGCAUGGUGGCCGUGCUGUUCGUGGUCACCGUAGCCAUCACCUGCCUCCUCUGCUGCUUCAGCUGUGACUCGAGGACCCAGGAUCCUCAGGGGGGCCCUGGCCGCAGCUUCACAGUGGCCACGUUUCGCCAGGAGGCUUCUCUCUUCACGGGGCCGGGUCACCAUGCCCAGCCGGCGGCGGCGGGUGCCCGGGACUUCUGGACCUUCAUGUGAGGCCUCACAGUCCGCAGGAUUUGUUCUGCUGGUGGGUCAGACCCA